CUGUUGGGUAAAGCCACGAGGAACCAGAAAAUGGGCUCCCACACAUAUCACAGGGCAGUAUGAUACAGAAUAGUUGCUGAGUGUUGGAGCCCAGUCUAGGCACCAUACUGAGUUCCAGAUAAACUUAGGUACACUGUGAAACCCCAUCUCAAAAGAUUCAGAAACUAAGUCCAUCAAUCCAUAACUAACAAGUCACUGUGCCUUAGUUGGGUCAAUGAAUUGGUGAGUAACUUUUGCCUUAGUUAGUCUAAGUCUUUUCAUGGGUGAAGAUCUGAUCCACUCCAAACAGACACCAUCAAAAUUCCAAAAGAAGUGGGUGGAGCCUCAGUCAUUCAAUCAGACUUCAGAUUUCAUCUGGGAGGUGUGUCGAAAGGUAUAUAAGAGUCAGAACCAUCAGAUAUCCUCAGUCUUGGAGCCAGGAGCCUCUUGGAGUCACCGUCUCCCAGGGCUGGGAUCUGGAAAUCUGUUACCAGUGUUCAGAUCAGUCAUGAUGGGAGACCAGGCCCCACCCACACUCAAGCAGCUGGCAAGACAGAGGCUGCUGAGGGAGGAGGACUUGACACUUUCUAUUCUGGAGGACCUGCCUGUGGGGCUGCUCCCGGAGAUUUUUGAGGACGCCUUCAAGGACAGACGUACAAACAUUGUGAGGGCCAUGGUCCCUAUAUGGCCAUUCCCAGACCUUUCUGUAGGAGCCCUGAUAAAGAACCCCCACCUGGAGACUUUGAAAGCUCUGCUUGAUGGACUAGAUGUGCUGAUUACAGACAAGGUUCAUCCCAGGUAAUCAGGGCCCAGCUAGGGUGGAGGAAGGCUGUGGGGGUGCAGAGAAGGAACAACUGGGGACAGGGAGAACUUGGCCAAAGGUGGAUCAGAGGCUUCUUAUAGCAUCAACAUAGAGAACUGUAGAGGAUUGGGCCAGGUCUCAGGCGUCUGGGCAAUUAAUGGCAAAUGUGGAGGGCACAAGAGUAGACAUAGCCACUGAGGAAUAGGCCUCUCCCUGACAGCUCCACAGUUAAAAGUGGAAUGAGGCUGGGGUUAAUGGGAAU